AUGCCUCCAACGGAGACCGCGCUCGACGGCAUGUUGUGCCUGUCGCGACACGAGAACUGCCCCUGGGAUGAAGCUCUGAAGUCGGCUGACAUCACCUGGACAGGUCUACGCUACACCUGUCUAAAGAUCCUGCAUCUGUAUUGCAAGGUCUUCGACCAGGAAGACAUUUUAGAGUUGGUCCUGAGGAAGACCUGCAAGUCAUGUGGUUGCGAUCGGUUGCAGCACUCGGUGUACCACGAAGAGCUGGGCUCGGUCCGCGACCGCCUGGGGCUCAGGGACACGCGCGUCAAUCACCACGCGUAUGAUAGUCCGCCCGGUCUCACUGCAAAGCAGACGGAGCUAUUCUGGGCAUCGCUAGCAGAGCGAGCACCAACUAGUGUAGGUGGCGCCACCGGAGCGGCGGCAUGGCGAGCUUGGAGAACACGUGCCUUAGCUACUCAAUUACCAAAACAAGAUCUCUCUCUAUCUCACUGUCAACAUAUAGACGAAUCCCAUCGAAAGCAAUUUGAAGACUUCGUAUCAGCUAGAAACGAAAUUGCACUUGAUAUUGGUAUUGCUUGCCAGCAUCAUGGUGCCUCAAUUGAAUGCAUGGGGUGCAGUAAACCUAUACGUAAUGGAAGUAUUAUAGUGCAAGCCCCACGGAUAGGUGAAGAGGUGGCGUUCCACCCAGCUUGCUUCACGUGCUCUGAAUGCGACGAGCUGCUGGUGGAGCUCGCGUACUGCGCGCUGGACGGCCGGCUGUACUGCGUGCGGCAUUACUCCGAGCGGCUCAAGCCUCGCUGCCACGCCUGUGAUGAAGUAAGGCUUGUGUACUUACUACAGCUUACCUACGUGUUCGUCUUUAGUGUUUAG